AUGGGCAGACUGCUCCAACCAGGAAUGCCAGAGUUAAAGCAGGAGGUAUUCGUAGACAGAGAGAGAGAGAUCACAACAAUGGCACAGCAUUGUCUGAAGGUCAUAGGCAUUGGACGCAUGGCUGGUGGCGCUAGAAACAACUAUAGUGCUCCAAUAUUGGUGACUUCACAGAUGUGGGGAUCAGGCAAGACCCAUCUUGGAUUACACUUCGUCGACCAGGUUAGGACCGAACAAAACAUCAAAGCCGCUGUUUUGGAGAUGUAUGAAACAAUGAGGUUGCCGAACCAGACAAACAUCGAGCAAGACUGGGCACGGCUUGUCUCUCUUCCCACCAUCUACAUCGACAUGAGGAUGAUUUCCUGCCCAAUGGAUCGUCACUUCUCCAAGGAGGAAAGGCUGUCAGCACUCUGUCAAUGCUUGAUCACUGUUGGAAGUGGAAGUUACGAUCAACAACAGCUCAAUCCAACUGUUGUCACGCGGUGCAUUCCCCAGAGCUUUGUGCACAUUGACGAGAUCGAUCAUAUCUUCAACAACUCGAAGGAAACAAUGGAGAUCAUCUGUUAUCUCUGGAGCAAUCUGUUCCAAGCACUGGCACUUGUUGGCUUUCCUGUCUACAUCUCUGGACGCACGUCAUCACUCUUGUCGAUCAACAAGCACUUGUUUGCUCCCCAUCCAUCGUCUCCACAGAACUCCGUGAUCAGACAUAUCCUUCUUGGCAUGUUCAACAGGGAGCACAUUGCUGAAUACACAAGAGCGAGAAUGGACAAGGACACUCCAGACCAGACAAUCACCUCCAUCAUGGAGGACGCACCGCUCAACAGUACCAAGCUGAGAGACUACAUCAGAGCCGAGGGACACACUGCCCAGCUUGCGCCCUAUUUAUCAUUCGAUGAGAACAAGAGGUCAUUAUACAUCUCUCUUUGCCUUGCAUCACUCUUCAAGAUCCAGGUCAGAUUGAAUGACGAGCUAUUACAGAAGCAACUUUGGGGCUACAAGCACGACUCUGUCGUCAACUAUGCUGACCUCCUCCAGUCAUUGAAUGUCUACAUUCAGCCCAUUGCCAGUCAGGAAGGUCAAGUCAACAUCCAGAUCCCCCAGAUUUCCAUCGACGAGUUAGUUGAGAAAUUUCCCAAUGAAGCCGGCAUCAAAGAGUACUCUGAAAUGUGCAACGAGCUAAAGCGACAAACCCAGAACUCCUCAAUGCGUGCAACCGGCGAGCCCUUGGAGCUCUCAUUUGCCGCGUGCAUCAUCCUCAAAAUGCUACAAGCUCCACAGCACGGAGCACGCUCCUACCAUUCCCAUCACUGCGCCUCUGCCAUUCUUAAAGGUAUUUACUCCUGGCUGUUCCAGGAUGGCGACGUCUUGUCACCAACUAACGCACGCUAA